ACCUCGGUCAGUAUCGAUUAGACCAACUUCUCAGACGUUACCUAGGCGCCAUGUCAGCCCAGAGUUUAUUGUUGUGUAUCGUCGUCCUAGUUUUGACGUCAUCAGCUCUUGGCCAAUUACAUCGCAGCAUAUCCUCGGGUUUCGAUCUGCAGAAGUUGUUAUUGUCCAGCUUAAUUGAUACUCCGGACAGGCCGGACAGGCCUGACAUGCCAGACAGACGAGACCGCCCAGACUCAUCGGAUGUGAGGGUUUACACACUCCGGGCCAACAAUCCCAUUAUUAUCACGAGAACGCCCUCUCGUGCCGUUCUGUCCCGUGGUCUAGUGCCAAACGGUCUGUCGUCACAUGGUCUAUCGUCACGUGGUCUGUCGUCACAUGGUCUAUCGCAUGGUCUAUCGUCACAUGGUCUAUCAUCACAUGGUCUGUUGUCACAUGGUCUGUCGUCACAUGGUCGUCCUUCGUCACAUGGUCUAUCGUCACAUGGUCUAUCGUCUCGAAGUCUUAUGUCAAGUGAUAUAGGGUCACAAUUCAGGACACUGAAGUUACUAGGUUUACUGUAGGUGAGUACUGCCCAUCGGCUGACACUCCGCGGCCAGGUCAUCCCGGUUUGUUUAAGAACAAUCCCAAAACAAUCAUCUGUGGCUUUCCUCUGGAUCCAACUUUGGAGUGACGUAUGCGUGUGCUCUGUUGUUAAAGAAACUACGACGUCUACCUUGCAAUUUUGAUAUGAAUCGUUAAUAAUGUGUAAUACAUAUUUAUUAAUACCAUUGCCUUCACUUUAUUGCCGCGAAUGUGGUGCAAGUAGUCAUAUAAAACCAGUAUAAGCUUAUGAUUCUUUAAAAAAUCUCUCAUCUUUCACAAUUUUCAAAUAAACCCUCUACAUCAUCAUCUUCACCGCAAGUUUCAGUCUCUACGAACGUCAAAGCUAUUUUUUAUAAAAAUCUGAAUACUUUUAUGAACGAUACCGUUUUUUUUCGGGAGACUGAUAUUUUCGGUUAUUUAAAAAAAA